AUGAACGACGCCAGCAUGCCUCAAUGCACAUCCACCGUGCGUCUCCAUGAGAUGCUGCUCGAUGGAACACUUGGAGAGCAUGAAGACCGUGCGUUGAUGUCUGAUCGUCGACUCAAUGGAAAGUAUCGAGGACUGAGGUCCUGUGAUAAGGCAUUUAAUGCCAUAUUAAACAUGAAGACGCCUAAUAUCAAUUCAGCAGACUCUUCUGAUACAGACGCCAAGCCACCGCAGGUACUCUACGCCGAGUAUUUGGACUGUGUCAGUGGAAUGCUAUGUGAAAAGUCGUAUCAUGAGUGGGGAACAUGCGUUGAAUUAGUGCAGAAACAACAGCAGGAUAUCAGACACUGUGCACGACCUAAGAGAAUGCUGGAGCGCUGUCUGCGUGGAGAGACGGAGAAGCUACUCAGGGCCUCGCAGCCGCAAGUCUUUCGACCGAACGGUUCCAUAUAG